AUGCUACGAGGAAGAUCCGGGUCGCAGUUGAACGAAAUCCUCCCUGUGCCAAUCGAGCUCAACGAAGGCGAAACAAUCGAAGCGCACACCCACAACCACACCUCCCACAUCACAGACGUGCUCGUGUCCUCCUACCACUCGGUCGAAUCGCCGCACCACCAGAGCCAAUCCUACAUCGUGUGGCAGAUCACAAUCACAGUCAACGACCUCGACUUCUCCUCGAUCAAGCUAUAUAAGCGAUACAGCGAGAUCUACCAGUUGUAUCUAGAUUUGAAACAGGUGUACGGCGACGGCAGCGCGGGCGUCAAAGUCCCGGCGCCCCCACCGAAGGAUAUCUGGAGCUUGGAGCGGGUGUAUAUGAGCAAGCGAUGGUUGGAGGAGAGAAGGAAGGGGCUCCAGUGGUUCUUGAGUAGCGUGUUGUUGGAUCCCGUCAUGCAGCGGAGCAGCGUGGUCAAGCUGUUUGUCUUGAGCUGA